AUGUUUGGGAAGGCGAGCGCGAACGCGGGGAGCGCGAGCACGGACGAUUACGCGGGGAUCGAUUUGAAUGAGUUCGAUGAGAACGAGGACGUCAGGGUCGGCGUUAAGGUGCUCGCGAAGACCGCGGCGGCGGCGAUCACACUCGGGACGGGAUGUUCGCUCGGGCCAGAAGGGCCAAGCGUGGAGAUUGGCGCGGCGGUGGCGGAUCGAGUGGGCGCGGCGUUUCCAUCCGUGGCGCCGAAUAGAUUGGGAUUAUUAGCCGCGGGGGCCGCCGCGGGGUUUAGCGCGGGUUUCGGCGCGCCGAUUUCCGGGUUGUUCUUCGGGUUUGAGUCAAUUCUCGUGCCCGGGUCGAAAGCUGGUGGUGAUGGCGACACCAAAGCUGGCGCGGUGACGACGGAGAUGGUCAUCUUGGCGAGUGUCUUGGCGACAGUGGCGAGUAAAGCCGUCCUCGGCGCGCUGCCUUCCGUGGACGUGCCGCCGUUUGAAAUUUCGGACUUUGUCGAGCUUCCUUUGUACCUGCCGCUCGGGUUCGCGUGUGGAGUCACCGCCGCUGCUCUGAGAAAGAUGAAUGUCGUUUUUGACGAUUUCGCGGAGAAUUUCGUCGCCGUAGAACGCGAAAAAGGCGGGUUGGGCAUUUCUAGAAUAUGGCACGCCCCGAUAGGGGGAUUUCUGCUCGGCUGCCUGGCGUUGAAGUUUCCUCAGGUGACGUACCAAGGUUUCGAUAACGUCAACGCGCUGCUUGUGCAAAACGAUGCCGGCGCUGGUUGGGCCGCGGCGACGUAUACUCCAUUGGUUCUCGGCGAGUUCGUGCUCGCGAAACUGCUCGCGACGGCGAUUUGUCGAGGUUCAGGGUUGGUCGGUGGCGUAUAUGCACCUUCUCUAUUUUUAGGCGCCGCUUUGGGUACGGCUUUCGGUGGCGCACUGGAAUCGACGUAUUUCCCACCUAUGUUUGUCGCGCCGCCGCAAGCAUACGCGCUCGUCGCCAUGGCCGGCGUUCUCGGGGGCGUUUGUCGCGUCCCUCUCACAGCCAUAUUGCUUUUGUUCGAGCUCACAGGUGAUUAUAGAAUAAUUUUGCCGCUGAUGGGUACCGUCACGGUCGCAACCUCCAUCGUGAAUUCAGUGGAGACGAGCGCGGUGCCUUUCAGCACGAGCGACAUCGAGACGCGCGGCGUGGCGGCUCUCGCUAGCUCGCUCGUGGCCCGUCCGCGUGAUCUCAUGAGGAGCGAUAUCGUCAUCAUCGAUGAGGAGACUACGAUUGAAGCGGCUUCGAUGACUCUUUUGAGGGUAUCUGAUUCCGAAAAUCCGCCGCCGUGCGCGUUCGUCGUCGCCGACGGCGUGUUCGUCGGCGUCGUCACUCCGAGUAGCAUCGCGGAUGCCAUUGUGCAGCGCGGAUUUGAUACGCGUGCGCGCGUCGCUGAAGCAUUGAUCGACGUGAAGGUCAUAGAGCCCGACGUCAAGUUACGAGACGUCGACUUCGCCGAUGACGGCGCAUUCGCCGUCGUUGUCGACUCGUCCAAUCAGCCCUUGGGCGUGGUCGAGACUAGCGCGGCGUUGAAGCAAAUGAGUCGCGAGCGUCUUCGUUCUGCCUUGUCUGGCGAAUUGUAA